UUGACAACACGUCUUUAUCACUCUUCCAAAACCCUAGCCGCAGCGGCUGUUAGCUCUAGCUCUUCUACCCCCUUUGUUGCACCGACGAGAAAUAUUGAGAUUUGUUGGCUCAAUUGUCUUUUUCUUCAGUCUUCGUUGAACCUCACAAUUUUUUCUCCACCAUCGAUUCAGUGCGAGGCCAAAACCUGAUGGUGUAUUGUAUUCAUCAGCGACGAAGGGUGCCGCGUUAGGGAUAUGCCUCUCCAUUGAUCCGUGAACGGUGAAGAUAAAAUUGCACUGGUCGGCUAUCAUCAUAGUGGAAUAAAGCUUAUGCUAAGAAUUUGGUGGAAGGAAGAUGCUGAGAAGCAUAGUCAUAAAUUGUAUUAAUUUUUAAUGUUUAUUAAUUGUAUUAUAUUUAUGUAUCUCUUAUAAAUAGCUUCAAUAUAUAGUUGGUUAAAAUGUA